GACUCAUUCUUGUCAAAGCCAACAGAAGAAAUCGGUUCCUCGGAGACCCCACACCAUUUCAUGCCAUCUUCCAGGAUGGGAUUGCGGGAAGUGACCGUGGCGCUGAUUAUUCUCGUACAGCAACUAAGGGCUCGAGAUGUGAACAUAACGGAGCCGGAUUUCCCAGAUAUCAGCCCUCUCAUCCAGUCACUUCUCAUCGAUGCCAGAGAUGAUAAAGUCAUGAAAGCGUCUGUCGGCAUUAACGCAAGCACAAAAUUUGUCGUUAACAGGCCGGCUGUCGAUAAAAUCAGUACAGGCCCUUCGACAAAUGAAAAACAAGAAAUUACAGAGACUGACAUGUACUUGUUGAAUGCAAUAGAGAAGUUAGCUUACAGGCUUGACGCUAUGGAAAAGAGACUUAGGAGAACUGAAGAGCUCCUCUUGCAAGUCAUGGAAGGGUCAAAUAUAAAAAGACAAGAUGCAUGUCCAGCGAAUUUCACCCGAGUGGCAAGAAACUGUUAUCACUUUAGCGAGAGGCUUUAUAACUGGAAAUCGGCAGCUUCUAUGUGUAAAAGUCUCGGAUCGAACCUGAUCGAGAUUGAAUCACGAGAUGAGUUCAUGGAAGUAGUGACUUAUCUACAGUCGAACAACCGGCUUAGAGGGUAUGAUUUCUGGACGGGAGGUUUGAACCCUGGGCUGCUGUGGAUUUGGGCGAACAGCGCAAGGCCGAUUCUGCCAAAAAAGCCGAGCAACCGGCCGGACGAGAACGUCUACGGAAGCGGGAGGUGUCUCAAGUUGGCUAUAAACCAGGCGAAGCUGUAUCAGUACCACGGGAUGGACUGUGCUAUCAGGCUCAAGUACAUAUGCGAACAUGAAGAAAAUUCGACUAUUCGCGCUUUGAAGAAAUUACAAAAAUCAUUAGUUAUAAAAGAAGAAGAGUGAAAGCGUUUUUCCUGUUUUGAUCCGUGUAAAUCAAAAUUAAAAUCUGCUCAUUUCCCCCCCCCCCAAAAUUUUAACAUUUUCAUUUAUUUAUAUUAAUUUAUUUUCCCUGAAAUAUGCAAAUUCUAUUGGAAAAUUUAGUUUAUUUUUAUAUUUAUUUAUUCUGUCCUAAUUAAUUAACUAAAAAAGGUAUCCAAUAUACCUUUUAAUAUCACAAACAAAUUCUUAAAAAACACCACCUUUCAACAUUUGAAUGAGAUGCUAAAAAUAUAUAUAUGUAUGUGAGCAUUUGGCAAAUAUAGAGAAAUUUAAAAACUUUCACUUGUAGCCAAUGAAAGUUGUUUAAAAGUGAAAGGUAAUAAUUAAAAAUUGCAAAGGAAGUAUUCCUUUUGUUUUGGCAGUCUUGUCUUCUUCUCUA